GCGCGAAGGUCAAAGCUCCUCAACCUGCCGAUCAGAUGCGGAGAAUUGGAGACUGCCAACCCACCGACCCCGGCCUCUUCGUCCCGGUUCCUGAACAAGUGCCUCCGUAACUUUGAGAAAUGCGCCCGGGGUAUUGAGCCGACUGGCUCCAUCACCCUUAUCAGUUUAUCGUCUAUUCGAGCUGGCCCGUUGGACGAGCAUAGGAGACAACCAUGCGCGCAACACAGUCCCUCCCGUUCAAGAGCUUCUGGAGCCGGAGUCUCGACGAGCUCUCGCGGUUGACCAACAUCGUUGCCAAAUCCGAGAAUAUCAAAGGCGCCACGGGGCCACGAGAGAUCCACAACUUCCAGACGCCCGAGUCAGUCGCAGACUGCAAGCUCCUCUCCGACGCCGACGUGGGCGGCUCCUCGACCGCUCAUCUCGACUGGGUUCCCCCGCCUAACGGCAUCCCCACUACCACUUCCGGCGACGGCGACCGAAAACCGUACACCCCGAUCCCCGGCAGCUAUGCGCGCUUCCACGGCACCAUCUCGCUAGAGCUGCCCACGGACCGGCGGGAGAUUUCGCGGACAGGCUACGCCGGCUUCCGGACGCUGGACCGCCCUCCCACCAUCUUCGGCCGCGGCGUGUGGGACAUCGACCCUUACGCCUACCUCGCUAUGCGUGUCAAGACGGACGCGCGCAGUUACUUUGUCAACGUCCGGACUGAGUCGGUGGUGCCGCUCGAUCUGCACCAGCAUCGACUUUUUGUUGUGAAGCCCGGCCAGUGGGAGACGGUGUUGAUCAAGUGGAACGAUUUCGUGCGCACGAACCAUGGCAAGGUCAUCGAGCCGCAGACGGGAAUGCUGCGCCAGAAGGUCUUGUCGAUCGGGUUCUCGACUACGGACAGGAAGCCCGGGCCGUAUGAGCUCUGCGUUGAGAGGUUAUGGGCGACUAAUGACUUUGAUGAGGCGGGAGUUGUGGAAACUGAUGUUGCGGAGACUCAGCUCAAGAAUAAGCAUGGUGAGAAGGUCAAGGUUACGUGGGGACCUUUGGAGCAGGAAUGAGAGGGGGGGCAUAUGUCUGUUCAUCAGUAGCGAGGUGGAGUUGGGCUGUUGGCUAUAAAGGACUGAACGCUAUACACUAUACUGUAAGGCUUUUGAUCAACCGGAAAGGGAGGUUAUCACGACAGAACCGCGAUAUUCAAGUGUCUGAGGCAGACAGCGCGGGUAGAUCGACAGAUGCAGGAUAUGGUUUGCUCUAGGAGCACUUGAGCUGGCUGUAGUAUUGUUAUUGUCAAUGAACUUGUAAUUUUACAUGAUAGACUGUUAUAGGAUACAUACAUGCUAUUUGUGCCAA